AUGGAUCCUGGAACAGCUGUGGGUGUUGCGUCCAUGGGCAUCCAGGUAUGCCAGGGCUUGUUGGAGUACUAUCAGAGUUGGAAGGGAUAUGAGGAAGAUAUUCGAGAGGCGUAUUCUGCGAUCACGGAGCUCAGCAGAACGUUCAAACUACUGGAAGAGGGAUUGACCAUGCAACGCACAUCGACUCUUGUAUCGCAAGCUCAAGAGAGCCUUAUGGCAUGCAAAGAUGGGGUGCAGCAACUAGAGAAGAAGCUGAAGAAGUUGCAUAAAGAGGCACCGAAUGGUUUCAAGGAAAAAGCACAUGCGAGUAGACUACGUCUCCUUUAUCCUUUUAAGAAGAGUACGCUGGAGAAGUUUAAGGAAAUCACUCAGGAACUCCUCCUACGACUAGCGGUUGCCAUCGAUGUCCUUGUGUUGGAUCAUAGCUCUGUCGCGAGAGACAAAGUGGAGCAAGUCGCAACUACCGUUGGAGACAUCCAGACUACCGUUGGAGGAAUAGAGAGCAUUGCGACACAGACCUACGAGACCGUGUUCACGACUCGAACUCGAGUGGACGCAAUCGCUGCUAGCACUCAAUCGCUGCUGACGGCGGAGGAAGAAAGGAGACUGGACGAAAUUAUACAAUGGCUAGCGGCGCCAGAUCCGACAGUUAUUCACCGCAAAGCUCGUGAGGACCAUGAGCCUGGAACCGGAGAGUGGAUGUUGAGCUGUCAAGAGUACCAAGACUGGCUCACUGGAUCUCAACAAGUGUUGUGGCUGCAUGGAAAAGCUGGGUGCUGCAAGACUGUUCUUUGCUCGACCAUUGUCGAAGACGUCACUCAACGGCUGUCUUCAUGUCCACGAGAUGAGUCAGUGCUCGCGUACUUCUACUUCUCUUUCACGGAAACAGCGAUGCAGAGGUACACAGGUUUGCUGCUCUCUAUCAUUACCACUCUGAGUGUGAAUCGAAGACAUCUAGCCCAGCCGGUCUUGUCUGCGCUAUACGAAGAAUCCAAACCCAGACAACCUACGCCACAAAGUCUUGAAGGGGCUCUGGUUACCCUGAUCAAGCAAUUUCGUACUUCUUACCUGGUCGUAGACGCCUUGGAUGAGUGUCCAGAGCAAGAAAGAGCACAGGUCAUGCAAGGGCUCAAACGCAUUACACGGGCCAGUUCUACGACCAGACUGCUCAUUACUAGUCGGAAGGAGGCAGAUAUCGAAAAUUUCGUACAAUUUUGGUGUGAAACCCAACUUCAACUCGACGAGGCAUGCGUCAACAAGGAUAUCGACAUGUUUGUCGAAAAGAAGCUUGUCUCGGACAAUUACUUGAGCAAAUUGUCCGAGCCAACCAAGGAACAGAUCAGGUCCAUCUUUCAUGUGAAGUCCGAUGGCAUGUUUCGGUGGGCUGCACUACAACUUGAGUCUCUACAAAAGCUAAAGAUUCCCCGGCUUGAAUACGUAUCUAAGAUUUUGAACGCCAUGCCAGGGUCGUUGCAUGAUACUUAUGAGCGGAUAUUGGACUCCAUUAACGACACGUAUUUCAUGGAGGUCCGGACUGCAUUGGAGUGGAUCUCGUCAGCUUACAGGCCCAUUUCUGUCGCAGAAUUGGCAGAAGCGUGCAAUAUCCGGAUCACAGACCACUGUGGGUACACUCUCUUGGAUGAUGGACAGGAUGCUGUUGCGGGCCUUCUAGGAGUCAUUUCUUCUUUGGUAAUCCUGGAAUACGUACCAAGUUCUGUGAACAAACCUCACAAGCAAUACAUGGGUGAAUACCUUCCCAAGAAGUUUGACUCAACAUCCUACGAUCAACGGAUUCGCCUUGCGCACUACUCUGUGAAAGAAUUUCUCUUCUCGGAUCAAUUGCAAGUUUCGAACAAUCGGGUAUCCAGAUAUGCGUUGAAGGAGCCUCAAGCGCAAUAUAACCUCGCUCGGAACUGUUCCGCGUAUUUUUUGUAUUUCGCAAACCAUGAUCAGAAAAAAGCAUGGAUCGACGCGGAGGAGCCGCCCGCAACCCGCCAUCGUUGGUACUUAGAACAUAGUGACUUGGAAUACUUUGCACCCACGUGGCCUUUGCUCCGUUAUGCUGUCGAACACUGGCAUAUGCACCAGAAGCAGACUGAAGACACCAUGAAGAUCGGUUUCAGGCCAACUCCACUUCACCUCGCGAUCUUGGAGAAUGAGGUUUGGAGGGUAUUGUGGCUACGCCUCGAUCAUAUUGGCAAAGGACUCGUGAAGUCCCGUAAGUCAGGUGCCCCUAUAUGGCAUGAUGGGACAAACACUACCAUAGGUAUUUAUUGGGCGUCCUUCCUGGGACUACGACAGACUCUCUCACAUCUCUUCAACAAGCCUCAUCUAGACGUUGACUGUGUACAAGGGAAGCAUGGUACUGCACUCCAAGCCGCCGCAUUCCGUGGAUACGAAGAAAUUAUGCGAUUUCUGAUGUGUAAGGGUGCCUCCGUGAACGCUAAGGGAGGCUUGUUCCAGACACCACUUCAAAGUGCUGCUGUGGGCGGGUACACACAUAUUGUGGAACUUCUCCUCCAAGCCAACGCGGAUGUGAAUGUUGAAGGGGGUCGGUGUGGGAGUGCACUCAGGGCAGCGGCUUCCCGUGGGCACGAGGUAAUCGUCAGCAAGCUUCUGCACGCGGGUGCAAAAGUGGACCUUACAGGACCCGUACAUGGAACCGCACUUCAAUUGGCGGCGCACAAGGGUCACGACAAGAUAGUACAGAUGCUAGUCCAGCAUGGUGCCGAUCCCAACAUCCAAGGUGGUGCACACGUUGUGGCCCUUCUCGCAGGCUUUCGCUUCGAACCCAUCGUACGCACGCUCAUACAAGCGGGAGCAGACGUCAACAUCACAGGUGGUGAAUAUGGUUCAGCACUUCAAGGAGCCGUUAUGAAGGGGAGUACCGAGUCAGCGAAGCUCCUCAUAGAAGCGGGAGCAAACGUCAACAUCACAGGUGGUCAACAUGGUUCAGCACUUCAAGAGGCCGUCUCAACAAAACAAACUGAGAUAGUGAACCUCCUUAUCCAAGCGGGCGCAGAUGUCAGUAUCACAGGCGGCCGAGAAUACACACCGCUUCAAGAUGCCGUCAGGCUGGGGAGUAUUGACUUAGUGGAGCUCCUCAUCGAAGCGGGCGCAGACAUCAACCUCCCUGUCAAAAAGAAUCUUUGGACUUGUCAUUCCAGUCUGAUAAAUCAGGCCGCAGCACAUUGCCCUAAAAGGGUGGUAGAGAUGUUUAUCCAACGCGGGGCUUCUGUUGACUACCAGACAUUUCAAGCGGCUACGGCCGGGAGGUAUGGUUGGAAUACCGACGGUGAGGCAGUGGCUGAGCUUCUAGUCAAGGCGGUGUCGAAGAUUGAAGAACCUGAAAAAUGGAUAUACCACGCAGCAUGUGCACGCUUUAAGAAUGUAAUCAAGCUGCUUCUUCACGAUCACGGAAAGAAAAUAUAUGAAGAUGGUUCAACUAACCUUACUGCUCACAAUACCGCCAAAGCUCUCAUUUUAGCCGCCGGGGCUGGAAGGGAUUACGCGGUUUCGUUGUUGCUCGAUUUACAUACGAACGGCGAGGAUUCGCUCCAUGUCAAGUACUCAACGCAGGCUCUUCAACACGCUCUGGCAGCAGUCACGAGGCCCGGUAUACUAAGGUCAUUCGACUACUGUGGUCCUGUAGAAAGUCUCAGACGAAACAUAGCCAUCGCACAGAUUUUGAUCAACGCCGGUGCGGAUAUGUAUUAUGAAAGGGACGGUGCGCUGGCGAAGGCUGUCUCCUCAAGCGAAAACCUGAGCAGCCACAAAGCACACGCUCUGCAAGCCAUUCAUCUGAUAGAAGUUUUACUCAAAAAAGGAGAGGACGUCGUCGAAGGGCGUUCAAUUAAUUUCCCUGAGAUCACUUGUACCAGAGAAUGUAUGCUGUAUUCUGCGGCGCGAAUUGGCAAUGUUCGGCUCGUACAACUUCUACUCGACCUCGGUAUCGAUGUCAAUGGAUAUGGUCACCUCGUUGAAUAUUGGGGUGUUCAUGGCCAGAAGUCCAGCAAACAAAAAAGCGUAUUGCAUGGUGCUGUUAGCAGCGCUGAGGUCGACGUCGUCAGGCUCGUCCUUGAUCACGGAGCAAAUGUAAAGACGAUCGACGCUGCUGAAGCUUGCGAUCUUCUCGUUGCAGCCUUGGAAUCGCGCGCAACGGACCAGGAUCUCCUUUUCAUUGCAACUUUGAUCCUAGAAAGGAUGUUCCAGGUCAGAGACUCCGAUGAUCCAGUUUUCGACGAAAUCGCGUCUGCCAAAGUUCUUAGGUCCAAAUUUCGUCCGUGGUGGUCCGACAAGGAACGGUUUGCAUUCAUCAGGAAACUAGUAACACGACUAGUGAAAGAACGAGCAUUCAUACAUGGCGUAUUGGACACUUUUACAAAUUAUGAUAGCGGCUUAAGGGAUGGGUCUACUUGGGCCCGUGGGUUGGAGAUUAGUGAAUCGUAG